GGAGUAAUCCGCCUAUAAAUACCCACAUCAGAGACAAUAACACGUCAUCUCUCUCUCUCUCUCUCUCUCAAUCAUCUCAUUUCGCUCUUUGAAUCGCAGCAGCGGAGAAAUUUCAAAGCCCUGGCAUUUUCUCUCUCUCGGUCUCUCACCGGACUCGGAAAGAAACUUGGUCAGCAUUGCUGCGGUGUUUCCAGAGAUAGAGCAUGAAAUUGUAGUUAACUGUAUGCUUUUAUUUGAAUAUUAGAGACCUUGCUGCAUCAUCCAUCAGAAGGUUCCGUUGCUUCUCAAGCACAGGAGGCAGGAGUUUCUUUUGACACCGUUCUGUUAACUAGCCCCUUCCUUUGGCUGAUGGCAACGAAUGAAAAUCUUCCACCGAAUGUGGUCAAACAACUUGCCAAGGAAUUGAAAAAUCUUGAUGAAAUCCCACCAGAGGGCAUUAAAGUAUGUAUACAUGAUGAUGAUUUCUCCACUAUAUUUGCCGAUAUUGAGGGUCCUGCUGGAACUCCAUACGAAAAUGGCAUUUUCCGAAUGAAGCUAUUAUUAUCACAUGACUUCCCACACUUGCCACCCAAAGGUUACUUUCUGACAAAAAUCUUUCAUCCAAACAUUGCAACUAACGGCGAGAUCUGCGUCAAUACGCUGAAGAAGGAUUGGAAUCCAAGCCUUGGACUGCGACAUGUUCUGCUUGUGGUCAGGUGUUUACUGAUAGAGCCAUUCCCAGAAUCGGCCCUGAAUGAACAGGCAGGCAAGAUGUUACUUGAGAAUUACGAGGAGUAUGCAAGGCAUGCCAGGCUCUAUACUGGCAUUCAUGCCCUUAAACCAAAGCCCAAGUCCAAGUCAGGUGCCAUAUCCGAGUCCACAACUGCUCUCAAUGUCGACCAGACGAACAUGGUUUCCAACACAGCCAAGCUGCCACCUCCCCCAUUGGUGAACAAAGGAGGCAGUGGAGGGAUCAACAGCCAAGAUCAGCCUGUGGUCGCUGCCCCAUCAGUGGAGACCACAGCAGCAGCUGUUGAGGCGUCGGCAGUGGUUCAAAAGAAGGAAGGUGUAGCCGCGGCUGCAAAGGUCCACGUUGACAAGAAGAAGAUGGAUGCAAGGAAGAAAAGCUUGAAGAGAUUAUAAAGAGGAGGGGGACCAAAAGGGCCUCCAAACGAAUGUAAGAUGAAAUUGGUACUGCCUCACUCAGAAAAGAGGAACUCGAAAAAGGCUGUAUCUGUGUGAUAUGGGGUUAUCGUUAUUUAUUAAUUGGAGAGGGAUGAUAGACGGGUGGGAACAAUAACAUGGG